AUGAGCUCAGAACAGAAUCCGAGUCUCCUGCUCCUGCCAGUCCCACCCCGGCCGCCAUCCCGCGCAUCACUCAAUGCCGCCUACCGGCCCUCAUUACAAGCCGUUUUCUCCAAGAUCAAGCAUCCGGCCCGGUCAGCUACGCUUAUUGUGGCUGUGGUAUGUCCCGUCUUGCGCGGUGCAUCACCGAAAACGAAAUCGUUGUCAUGGGCCGCCGCACAGUCUCUGGUGGCCGGUAUCUACAGCCUCAUUGCUGUCGUUUGUGCCGAGCAGUCCAUUGCCACGGACGUUAAUGGAGGACCGGGCUCUAUCGAUGCGCGAGUUGUUUUGGUCGACCAUGACGCCAGUAGGCGGCUUGCAUCAGAACUUGUGGCCGCCAUCGAGCCCAACAACACGACUGUCGUCGACCUUCCAACCUUCGCAUCUGCUUACCACCCCUGGAGCUACAUAUUUCAUGUGAAUAGCGAGCACGGAUACCGUACGCUGUCAUCAUAUCUCAAAUUUGCCGAAGGGAGACAGACCAUCCUCCAAUCUCAACUAGUUGUUGUUGAGGCUGGUCUUAGCAUGAACGUCGAAGGCGAGGGAGCCGGCAGCACGGAAGCAUCUCCUCUGUACCCAGUGGUCUGCCUAGGCGGCACAUUUGACCAUCUCCAUCCAGGUCACAAGCUGAUGCUCAUGGCUGCAGUUCUCCUGCUCCGGGUUCCCGACAAAGACUCGGCAUCCAGUUGCAAGCUUGUGCUGGGCAUCACGGGCGAUGAAAUGCUCAAGAACAAGAAAUACGGCGAGCUGGUGCAGACGUGGGAUGACCGUGCCAGGUAUACUCUUGACUUCCUGGCCUCUCUUCUCGAGCUGGACAAGAGCGGUUGGAAAAAGAGGUCUGGUCCGGUACCGACAGUGGAAACUGCGCCUGGCCAUCUCGAGGCGAAGUUCCGCAACGGCACUAUUGUCGUCGAAUGCGUUGAAUUUCAGGAUGUCUAUGGCCCCACGAUCUCCAUGGCGGAGAUUGAAGCACUCGUGGUCUCUGGAGAGACGCGCUCGGGCGGCAAGGCAGUCAACGACAAGCGGGUUAGUCUCGGGAUGAAGCCAUUGGAAACAUACGAAGUCGACGUGCUCGACGCGCGGGAUCUUGGCGACGAGACAGCCAAAACGGACGACUUUACCAAUAAGAUCAGCAGUACGGCUAUUCGACAACAGAAGGCAGAGGCAGCGGCAGCGGCAGCAAAGUCAAGCUUGUGA